GAGAACAUGAACAACUUAAAAGAUCUAUUUGUAAGUUCGAUCAACGAAGAUGAGGUCAUCGAUUUACAGCCCACUUCAUCUCCUCCUAAAUGUCUUCAAUUCCUCUGCAUAGAAGGGCGUUUAGCCAAGUUGCCUGACUGGAUUUCAGAACUUCAACACCUAGUCUCAUUAGAGAUUUAUUGGACAAGGUUGAGCGAUGAUCCACUCAAAGCAUUUCAAAAUCUACCUAAUCUAGCGGAGCUCAGACUGGGAAUGAAAGCAUACAAUGGAGAGCAGUUGCAAAUAGAGAAAGGAGGAUUUUCUAAACUGAAGGAGCUAGUUCUCAGUGAAUUGUCUGAAUUGAAUUCAUUGAAUAUAGCAAAAGAAGCGUUCCCCCUUCUUGAAAAAUUGAAUAUUGGGGAUUGUCCACAACUGAAGGAGGUACCGUCUGGUUUCCAACACCUCAGUAACCUUAAAGAACUGAAUAUUACAGAUAUGCCCACAGAAUUCGAAAAAAGUUUAGAUCCAGAGCAAGGGUCACAUUAUUGGAUCAUUCAGCAUGUACCAUUCAUCUCACUCCAUCACAAGGUUCGCACAGGUAUUUAUGGCUAUGAGAGCCGCAAUCUCCGUUCUAAGGAUUUGGAGAGGUCAAGAGGUCAAACAAUCAAGCAAGAUGAUGACAACAAAAACAAUAUUAGUGGUGAUGACAUCAGCACUUCAGUUGAGAAAGUAGGUGUGAAAAUUGUUCGACAGAGCAUGUCCCAAAACAAAGGGGAUGACGCUGAAUACAUGGCGGAUGAAUAUGAAAGAGAAGAUGUAGACAAUGAGUUUCAUGGUAGAGAAGGGGUGGCUCAGAGUCUGAUGUUGAUGAAUACGACCACUUGGUUUGUAUCCCUUAAUGGUACUACUGCUGCUCAAGCUAGAAGUGGGAAAGAUAUCCAGGGGAUCUCUUGGGAUAGGCUUAGUAUCACUAGGGAGAAAUACCGGCAAACUAGGCUAGAACAAUACAGGAACUAUGAAAGCAUCCCUCAUUCUGGAGAGGGGUCUCAGAAGGAUUGCAAAGUUACGAAGAAAGGGAGCUCAUAUUAUGAGUUCAGGCGGAAUUCAACAUCUGUGAAACCAACCAUUCCUCAUUUUCAGUCGAGGAACUUGGUUUGGGCUACCUCAAAGCAUGAUGUCUACCUUCUGUCUCAUUUUUCUGUCAUCCAUUGGUCCUCCUUAGAUUGCACCAGGCAAGAAGUUCUCAAUGUCUCAGGGCAUGUUGCACCAUCGGAGAGAAACUACCUGGAAAUCUGUUGGGAGGGAUUUACUCAGACUCAAGUGAGUUCUUUUUCUGUAAAAGAGAAGCUACUAGUUGCUGGAGGAUUCCAAGGAGAACUUAUUUGUAAGCAUCUGGAUCAGCCUGGAGUUAGUUUUGGUUCCAGGACAACUUCUGAUGACAAUGCUAGCACCAAUUCUGUUGAGAUUUAUGUCAGCUCCAGUGGUGCAUUUCACUUUACAACUUCAAAUAAUGAUUGUGGGGUUAGAGACUUUGAUAUGGAGAAAUUUCAACUUUCUAAGCACUUCCAAUUUCCAUGGCCAGUGAAUCAUACUUCUGUGAGUCCUGAUGGUAAACUUCUUACAAUUGUGGGAGACAACCUAGACGGUAUACUGGUGGAUUCCCAAAUUGGAAAGACGGUGAUGACCUUGUGUGGACACUUGGAUUUCUCAUUUGCAUCAGCAUGGCACCCUGAUAAUGUCACUCUCGCGACUGGAAAUCAAGACAAAACCUGUCGGGUUUGGGAUGUUCGAAAUUUGUCCAAGUCAGUUGCUGUUCUGAAGGGCAACAUUGGAGCAAUUUAUUCUAUCUGCUAUUCUUCUGAUGGUCAGUAUAUGGCAAUGGCAGAGGCUGCUGACUUUGUUCAUGUCUAUGAUGCAAAAAAUGGAUAUGAGAAGGAACAGGAGAUUGAUUUCUUUGGAGAACUAGCAGGCAUAUCAUUUAGUCCAGACGCUGAGUCAGAGUCUCUUUUUAUUGGAGUGUGGGAUCGUACAUAUGCUAGUGCUAGUCUCCUUGAGUAUGGCCGAUGCUCCCUUGUUGCAGGAAAUUCUACGUGUUAGAGAUAUAUUAACCCAUUAAAAUAGGCUAAGCCAAGUCUCCUACUUCUACCUACAAGUAAAUGAUUUGGUUUAGCCCAUUCUAAUUAGCUAAUGUAUUUCUAACACUACAUAACAAUAAUCUGGAUUCUCUAAGUGGAAGGUAUUUUCUAAAAUGUAAUAUGGUAGAACUAAAAUGUAUUUCUAUAUAGAAAAUUCCGAUUGGUAUGAUGUUAAAACUUGUACUUAAAAGUGAUUAUGUUGAAUGGAAUUGCAUUACAUUAUUGGAUAA